UCCGAGGCGGCUGCUCGCGUGCUGUUUGCUGCAGUGGAAUUUUUAUUUUUUUCUGAUUCCGACCCCGUCCGCAUGCUGAAAUGCAUUUACAAAUAUAGACUCUGGCCAUAAUGCACCGUGGAUUUCUCUGGUUGAUCUAAGGACGUGCCACCGUAAUGCUUUUGCAGACAGUAGUCCAGCGUUAUGCACACCCGGAGAACUGAUCUCGCAAGGUCUCUGAUGAGGCCUACACGUUAAAGCUCUACCCCCUCCCCUCAAGACUAUCACCGUGAUGGCUGAUGAUCAACAACAAGGUGGCCAGCUGCAGAACCCUAACACGGGACUGGGCUCUCUUCCAACGAUAGUGCCAGGACUCCAGGGGCCCGAAGCCAGUACCCUGCAGUACAACAAGAUAAAGAAUUCUAUUUGCAAAUCUGUACAAUCAAAAGUUGACAACAUAUUGCAAGAUGUUGAGAAGUUUACAGACAUUGAGAAACUCUACCUCUACCUUAAGUUGCCUUCCGGCCCCAGCAGUGCCACGGAGAAAAGGAAUGACACUCAGAGGGGGUCUGGCAGUCCGGCAGCAUGUGACCAGAACUCCAUGUCAUCGAGCCGCACGCAGCAGAUGUACGCCUUCAACUGGAUACGCAACCACCUGGAGGAACACCCCGAGACCUCGCUGCCCAAGCAGGAGGUGUACGACGAGUACAAGAGCUACUGCGAUAAUCUGGGCUACCACCCCUUGAGUGCGGCGGACUUUGGGAAGAUCAUGAAGAACGUUUUUCCCAACAUGAAGGCACGUCGACUCGGGAUGCGCGGGAAAUCCAAGUACUGCUACAGUGGCCUGAGGAAGAAGGCGUUUGUGCACAUGCCGUCCCUGCCCAACCUGGACCUGCACAAGUCUGGAGACGGGUGUGAGUUGCUGGAGCCUGCGGGCCAGUCUCCGAGUGCGGAGGAGGAGAUGCGGUCGGCGGCGUGCGGGCUGGUGUGUGAGUGGGCGCAGAAGGUUCUGAGCCGCCAGUUCGACAGCGUGGAGGAGCUCGCACGCUUCCUGCUCAACAGCCACUACAUCGGAACCAAGAGCAUGGCCGCCCUCACCGUCAUGACCGGAGCCCCCACAGGCGUGAAGACGCCCACCCCGGCCUCUGCGUUCGUGCCCACGGGCGACGCCAACCCGUUCCAGCCGCAGGUGAAGACGCUGCCGUUACCGUCUCCGUCUCCGUCGCCCUCGGUGGACGCCAAGCAGCAGCUGCAGCGCAAGAUCCAGAAGAAGCAGCAGGAGCAGCGGCUGCAGUCGCCCGGGGCGCCCAGCGACGCCCAGCAGGCCAGACGGGCAGAGACGGGCACCCCGGGACCCAGCGCCAGCCUCACCCCCAGCAGCCCCGCGCUGCUCUCGCCGCAACCCACCAUCGGCAUCGUCGUGGCAGCCGUGCCCAGCCCCAUUACAGUCCAGAGGAAUCGUCAGCCGAUGACAUCACCCAGCCCGGUGGGGGCGGCCGAGGGCAAGAUGCUGCCGGUCAACUUCCAGGUGGUGACGCAGCAGGUCAAGCAGUGCCCCAAGACGCCGCAGAACGUUCCGGCGAGCCCCGUGGGCGACCGGCUGGCGCGCCACCACCACCGCUACGCCCAGAUCCUGCCCAAGCCCUCCGCCACCAGCGCCAUCACGCUGCGGUCGCCGCCAACGCUGCUCAUCACCAACAGCCCCAUCAAGACCGUCAUGCCCUCGCCGCACGUCAGCUCCCUCAACGUGGUCAAGAUGACCACCAUCUCCCUGGCAACGGCCAACACCAGCGGCGCUGCCACCACGCCCACGCCUCUGAGACCCGCCUCCGCCGGGGUGAGCAGCAGCAGCAGCAGCAGCAGCGCCGCCCUACAGGAGGACCAGAGCAGCGCGGGCCCGACGGCGAUGGCUGCCCAGGGGGCGUUAGUGAGGGCAGGGGUGUCUGGCUCGUCGUCAGGGGAGACCAGGGUCAGCGGGGCGGACGGCGGCGGUGGCGGCGAGGAGAAGGCGGGGCUUGCGGACGGCACGGCGGGCCUGAGGAGCGAGAGAGCCACUAAGCACCGCGCCGUGAGUGAGCCGUCGCUGGCCAAGGGGCCGCCGGCAGCCGAGCGCGUCACCAGGGCCAAGAGCGACUCCUCCACCCCCACCCCCCCCAUCUCCUCCGUCGCCUCCGUCUUCUCCGUCAGUGGGCACGGCAGCAUCAGGGAGGGGUCAGAGUGCGCGCUCUACCUCUCCGUAGCCAAUCAGAGCGCCGGCGUGGUGACCUGCUCCUCUGUCUCCGCCCCCGUCUCCUCCCCCCCCGCCAGGAGUCCGCGCAAGCGCUCCUCGUCCGCCCUGGAGACGCACGUCAUCCCCGUCAAGCGCGUCUUCAUCUCCCAGCAGCCCCUGGACACCUCCGCGGACCCCUCCAGAGGAAGCGGCGUUGGCGUUGGCGUCGGGGCGGGGGGGAAGAAGACGGCGCGCCCCGAGAGCGCCCCCUGUCGGGUGACGCUGAAGAACAGCACCCUGCAGCCCGUGCAGAUCCUCGCGCUCUCCGACACGCCCACUCCCGCCCCCGUCAGCCAAUCACAGGAGGCCUCCGUCGCCGUCGCCGCUGCCACAGACCCCGCCCAGUCCACCGGCGCCGCUACGCGGUCCGAUACGCCAUCCCUCCUCCUGCCCAUCGCCGCGGCAACACAACCCCCGCCGACGACGACGCCCCGAGCCCUGUCGCUGGAGCCGGACGCCAAGCGCAGCCUAUGGGACGGUCCGGCUGGGCUGGGGGCGGAGCCCAAGCUGAUGACCUCACAGCUCCACGCGGCGGUGGAGCCGGACGGCGGUCAGCUGGGUCUGGUGGACUUUGUGGGCGGCGGCUCCUCGGCGGGCGGCAUGGACUACUUCCCGUUUGCGGACGACGACAUGACGCAGGACAGCAUCGUGGAGGAGCUGGUGCAGAUGGAGGAGCAGAUGAAGCUCAGCGGUGGCCUGCACCACCACCACCAGCACCAGCAGGGGGCGUCGUACCUCAGCUGCGUGCAGCUCGGCCUGCAGGGGGUCGUGACCUCCGCCGGACACACGCACACACACACACACACACACACGGCCUCCUCGUCCUCCGCCUUCUACCACUCCGCACACAGCAGCACCACCCCCGCGCACACACCCACCCCCACCCCGACCCCGACACCCACGCCCACCCCCACCCCCACCUCCGAGAUGCUGCCGGGCGCCCACAGCUUGGCGCGGGAGAGCCCCUGCUCGCGCUUGGCGCCCGUCACGCCCGUGGACGGCCUGAUGGGCGGCGGGCGACACACUCCGAUCAGCACGCCGCUGUCCAGCUGCAGCAGCGUCCCGCCGAGCCCCGUGGAGUGCCGCAACCCGUUCGCCUUCACGCCCAUCAACUCCAGCGUCACCGGUUACCACGACGGCAGCGUGGUGGUGUCCAGCAGCCCGGUGAAGCCCAUGCAGCGGCCCAUGGCAACGCACCCCGACAAGGCCAAGCUGGACUGGAUCACCGGUCGCUACGGCAACGCUGCGGCCGGCGACACCUCGCCCUCCUCCUCCUCCGUCUCCAUCCUGCCCAGCUACCAGGACCUGGUGGACGACCACUUCCGCAAGCCACACGCCUUCGCCAUCUCCGGCCAGGCCUUCCAGGCGCAGACGCGCCAACCAGUGGCCGUGCCAGUCUCCCCCGUGCCCCAGACGCAGGCCGCCGCCACUGGGCAGAGCAAGCAGGAGAGCUUUGCGGUGCCCGCUCCGUUGGACGGCAAGCCCGGGGGCAGCGCCACGUUCCGCUGCCGCAGUGUGAGCCCGGCCGUAGUACGUCAACGGAACCUUAGCGGGAACCCUGGCGGCGGUGUUUCCGCUCCCCCCAGAACCCUGGCGUCGCCCUUCAGCUCGCCGCUGACCUCGAGCGAGGUGCUGGGCAUCCUGUCGGGCGGCCGGUCGCUGGCGAGCGCCAGCAGCAGCAUGAUGGCGCAGCGCAGCCAGUCGGUGCCGCUGAACGUCAUGAUGGCGUCGGAGAUGCUGCCCCUCUGCGUGCCCGGCGGGUCGGGCGGCGGCGCCAAGAUCGCCAACGUGCUCCUGAGCAAGAUGGAGGUGGACGUCGUGGACGACGCGGUCCGAGGCCUCGGCGUCAACAACCUGCCGUCCAACUACACGGCGCGCCUCAACCUCACGCAGAUGCUGGAGUCCGGCGCAGCCUUCCCCUCCGGCGCCGCCCCCGUCGUCACGGCAACGCAGCCCGGCCCCGCGGCCUACGACUUCCAGAAGCCCGUGUACCUCAUCAGCAGCCACGGCCCGCACACCGCCUUCUCCGCGGCCGCAGACGGACAAGCACAAGCCGGGUCCUCCGAGCCCACGCAGGAGCAGCAGCUGCAGCUGCAGGAACACAGCUUGCUGCAGGAACAACUUCAAGAACAGCUACAAGAACAGAGCUUGCUGCAGGAACAACUUGAAGAACAGCUACAAGAACAGAGCUUGCUGCAGGAACAGUUACAAGAUCAGAGCUUACUGCAGGAACAACUUGAAGAACAGAGCUUGCUACAGGAACAACUUCAAGAACAGAGCUUACUGCAGGAACAACAGCUGCAGAUACAGGAACAGAGCUUACUGCAGGAACAGCUACAAGAUCAGACCUUACUGCAGGAACAACAGCUGCAGAUACAAGAACAACAGCUGCAGCUACAGGACCAGCUACAAGAUCAGACCUUACUGCAGGACCAGCUACAAGAUCAGAGCUUACUGCAGGAACAGCUACAAGAUCAGAGCUUACUGCAGGAACAACAGCUGCAGCUACAGGACCAGCUACAAGAUCAGAGCUUACUGCAGGAACAGCUACAAGAUCAGAGCUUACUGCAGGACCAGCUACAAGAUCAGAGCUUACUGCAGGACCAGCUACAAGAGCAGAGUUUACUGCAGGAACAGCUACAAGAUCAGAGCUUACUGCAGGACCAGCUACAAGAGCAGAGUUUACUGCAGGAGCAGAGUUUGCUGCAGGAGUCGGCGUUGCUGCAGGAGUCGGCCUUGCAGCUGCAGGGGGAGGUGCUGCUGGGGGGGGAGGAGGCGCAUCAGCGGGAGGAGCAGGAGCAGCUGGACUUCAGCAGCACGGUGAAGGACCUGCUGGGGGAGGACGGCCUCCACCCGAGCUCGCAGCUGGUCGGCCAAGUGGCGUCGGAGCUCAACGCCGUGGCGUCCGACUUCUCGGGCGACCUGCGACUGCCCUCCGACCUGUCCAGCAGCAUCAGCGACCUGAACACGCUGGACGCCAACCUGCUGUUCGACCCGGGCCAGCCGCAGGACUCGUACGAGGAGGCCACGCUCGAGGAGCUCAAGAACGACCCGCUCUUCCAGCAGAUCUGCAGCGACUCGGUCAGCUCCGCCGGAUUUGAUUGGCUGGAGAAUAAGGACCAGCCCACCGUGGAGAUGCUCGGCUGAGCGCUGAGGCAUCUCCGGCCGCUUUUUGUUUUUUUUUACUUUUAAGUGUUAUUUAUGAGUUCUGUUUGUUUGUUUGUUUGUUUGUGUCUGUGAAGUAUGUGUUUUUGUACUUUUAAACGUGUCUCACUACAGCAAAAAGCUGGACUCCUGCUGGUGUCCGGUGUGAAGUGCCAGUGGCGUCGAGAAGGCCUCACAGGCCACAGGCUCGUUUCCGUCUGUGCCGUUGGCUUGAAUCUCUCCUGUCUGUCAGUACGUUUCCAUCCCCCCCCCCCCCCUCUCUCUCUCUCUCUCUCUUUCUCUCUCUCUGUUUCUCCAUCUCUCUCUCUCCUUCACUGAGCACCUGAACUGGUCUAAACUGUUCAGACGACAUAUGAUCUUUUUUAGAUGGAACUCUUAGGUGCAGGCCACUGCUCAGAAACGCAGUCUGCACUCGGCCCCUGUGCCCUGCAGUGCCCCCUGGUGUUGGCCUCAGGGGAGACCUCCAGAGUGCCCCGUAGUGUUCAGCCUCAGCGGGGACCUCCAGAGCGCCCCCUGGUGGACUGGAAGAUGCAAUACACUUGUCCUUCUCCAGCUAUAGAUUAUUGGCUGAACUGCUGUCUGUUAAAAAGAAAGACGUCACUGACAAAACAAAAUGCCUUUAUGACCCUUAAAGAUAAGAAGGAGAGAGUGCACAGGGGUGUGCGGCCCUUGAGGGAAGAGUGCAAGGCCACAGGUGAGCUGUGCCACAGGUGAGCUGUGCCACAGGUGAGCUCUGCCCCUGGGCCGCAGGUGUGUCCUGGAUCUCAACAGGUGCUACUAGGUGCUGAUAUGAUGAUGAUAUGUCAUCACCUUAAUUGGUCACAGUCCCAUGAACAAUAAAUAGAUACCUUUUGGAAUGGCCAUAAUAAUAGCAGUUUGACUGUUGACUAUAAAUAGUGAAGAAAAGUGUUUCUUUUCGUUUUGCUUUGCUUUCGAUUCUGUAUAGUGAAAUAAUGUGAAACUCUUCUGUAAGGAAGUGGUGCUGGUCGGGUUGCCUUACCUGAAGUCCGAGGCCCUGCAGUGCCACAGGUGAGCCGUCCGGGCACAUGCCCGCGAACCCUCCUGCUGUUUUUAAAAAAGAGACUUUUGGCUCUGGGGUGUCCACUUAAAGGGACAUGUGGGUCUGUGUGUGUCCACUUAAAGGGACAUGUGGGUCUGGGGUGUCCACUUAAAGGGACAUGUGGGUCUGUGUGUGUCCACUUAAAGGGACAUGUGGGUCUGUGUGUGUCCACUUAAAGGGACAUGUGGGUCUGUGUGUGUCCAUUUAAAGGAGUGUGCUGGUCUGGUGUGUCCAUUCCAGUUCCAUGCUGAGAUCCUGUCAGUGUGCAUGUCCCUGGACUGGUCUGCCCUUAGAGUGAGCGAGCGGUGUUGACCUGUGAACUAUCAGAAGCCUGUUCUUGAGUUAGCGGUGUUGACCUGUGAACUAUCAGAAGCCUGUUCUUGAGUUAGCGGUGUUGACCUGUGAACUAUCAGAAGCCUGUUCUUGAGUUAGCGGUGUUGACCUUUGAACUAUCAGAUGCCUGUUCUAGAGUUAGUGGUGUUGACCUUUGAACUAUCAGAAGCCUGUUCUAGAGUUAGCGGUGUUGACCUUUGAACAGAAGCCUGUUCUAGAGUUAGCAAUGUUGACCUUUGAACUAUCAGAAGCUUGUUCUAGAGUUAGCGGUGUUGACCUUUGAACAGAAGCCUUCUAGAGUUAGCGCUGUUGACCUUUGAACAGAAGCCUGUUCUAGAGUUAGCGGUGUUGACCUUUCAACUAUCAGAAGCCUGUUCUAGAGUUAGCAGUGUUGACCUUUGAACUAUCAGAAGCCUUCUAGAGUUAGCGCUGUUGACCUUUGAACUAUCAGAAGCCUGUUCUACUGAGACAUCUUGUCUGGUGCAGCUUCAAGAUCCAAGUGUUGGGAUCUGAACUGUGAUGUGAAAGGUCAGAUGCUAUGGUGAUGAACUCGGAAAUCUCAGCACUACGAUGAAGGAUUCUGACAUUUUUAGUGAGAUCUGAAAUUUCAGAGACGUGGAGAUGGAUUCUGAACCGUCUGAAAGUAGACCUGAAAUAUCAGAGAUGAAUUCUGAACCGUCUGAAAGUAGACCUGAAAUAUCAGAGAUGAAUUCUGAAUCUUCUGUAGUAAGAGCUGAAUUGUGAGUUGUGAAUUCUGAAUUGUCUGAAUAUCUGAAAUAUCAGUUGUGAAUUCUGAAUUGUCUGAGGAUCUGAAAUAUCAGUUGUGAAUUCUGAACCGUCUUAAGUAAGAGCUGAAAUAUCAAUGGUAUGGUGAUGAAGGCAACGUCGGUGUUCCGGUUACAGGUGGUGUAAAAGUCCAGCUUCAGAAAGUAAAAGUCCAACCAUGUAUUGGUUAUACCUGAGCACUUAACACAGGUGAUCUCACCAAUCAGCUGCUCUCCCUGAGCACUUAACACAGGUGAUCUCACCAAUCAGCUGCUCUCCCUGGCUGAAGAGUUGUGCUAAUUAGAAUCAGCUGGUUGAAGUGAACGGUUGGCACGGAUCCGUGGGAGGCCUUCCCGCUCUGAAGCUGGACUCGUCCGCCUCUGCUGGCUAGAGCUGCUGGGCUGCUGUUCUGGUUACAGGGGUUCUGGUCGGCGUUGGGUCCACAGUGCAGACGGGUCCGAACCGGUUCCGGGUGAUGUGGUCAGAGCCUUACAUCAUACCAAAGACCAGCUUCUGCCAGAACCGCUUGAGGAGUCCGAGCUCACUGGAGCGAACCGGAACCGGAACCGGAACCGGUCCAGAAGGACCCGACAUGGCGGGCGAGACGGGUCAUCAGAGCACACACACGGGCCGGCGAUCAGAACCGUGAUGAGCAGGUCCACUUCUCCACACAUGGGCCGGCGAUCAGAACCGUGAUGAGCAGGUCCACUUCUCCACACAUGGGCCGGCGAUCAGAACCGUGAUGAGCAGAUCCACUUCUCCACACACGGGCCGGCGAUCAGAACCGUGAUGAGCAGGUCCACUUCUCCACACAUGGGCCGGCGAUCAGAACCGUGAUGAGGCAGCAGGAUGAGCAGGUCCACUUCUCCACACAUGGGCCGGCGAUCAGAACCGUGAUGAGCAGGUCCACUUCUCCACACAUGGGCCGGCGAUCAGAACCGUGAUGAGGCAGCAGGAUGAGCAGAUCCACUUCUCCACACAUGGGCCGGCGAUCAGAACCGUGAUGAGGCAGCAGGAUGAGCAGAUCCACUUCUCCACAGUGUGUGAACGCUGACUCAGCAGUCCUACAGUACAAAGGCUAAAACGCCGACUCAGCAGUCCUACAGCAGUCAGCUGUGGGCUG